AUGAAGUGUUUUGAAUCUGGCGGUGUCUAUGACCCAGCAGUGAGGAAUGGCCGAGGUCGCAAACCAAAUAUUGAACCUGGAUCUAUUGCCGAGACUGCAAUUGCAAACAUGGUGGAGACCGGCAGCUCCAUUGAGAUUGCAACAGAUCUGUUGAAUAGAGAUCUGAAAGAGAAGCAUGAAAAGGAUCCUGUUCUAGGACCCCUGGUCCAAUACACAGUGUCCUCCGUUUACACCUGGGUCAAGAACUUAAAACCCAAAGUUUCCAAAAUCAUGCCUUGCAAGACUGCAAUGUUAGAAUAA